AUGUCUGCAAGCCAAAACGCGCCCCCUAGAGCUCAUCAAAGAGUUGUGCGGGAUGUUCCCAUUGUUCGACAACCAGGACUUAACAUUGCAGGGCAACAUCCCUUUACCAAGGGCAUCCUGUUUUAUUGGAUGGCCCCCCACACUGCGGGGCCUGAUCGAGUUCAACGGUCAUUUGCACCUGCAGGUGACGUUGCAUCUCGAUAUUGUAUGGAAUACACGUACUUGCCUCUUCGUGGUGUGGAAAAAUCUCAUCAAGAAUAUACCGAUGGUGUUGUUUUCAGAGACGAGACUACGGGAGUACAAAAGUCUACCAUACGACAAUACAAGCUUCCACCUGUUAGACCCCCAAGGGAGUCGCUCGUGUCAGAUCCAGAGCCGACACCACUUGCUACCACCACUCCCCCCUCUGCAUCAUCGACUGUCACAAGAGCUACACAUGCUACUGCGGGACCUUUGGUCAACGAAAAGGACUCAAAAACCGUUGUGAAGGAUGCUAAGAACUACGUAGUUGUAGAAACACUGAAUAAUCGAACGACUGUCGUAGGACGUGCACUUACUGAUGCGUGUUCGCUCAUUAUCACCGAAGAUAGCUUGAGAAAACUUUGGGUCGACGAAAAUCUAUCUGCACUAUACAAGACUGUCAUUAUGCCGAUGUCUACAAUACUCAAUCGCUUCAAGCAAUCUGCGCAAGACCUCGUUGAAAUUCUAUACAGCCUCCAACUAUCGAUUUGGACCGACUUGACGGCCCAGAUUAACCACACUAAAUCAACUGUCACAUUUCUGAUUCGCGAUGACAGUCUCAAUUAUAUAUUUGGCGAUUCAGUUAUGCUAGAUGAUGGUCGAAACUUUCGCUUCCCAUUUGAACACGACACAAUUAUUCAAAUUGCAUUAUUCAUUAAUUCGGACAGUAGUCUCGACAAUAUCAUGGCAUUGUCUGUGACGGCUGCAUGCUGCAGCCUGCAUGAGUUCUCGACCGGCGUGUUCAAACAAAUUGACUUCAGUUACGCUACUUUUAACAGAAUGUGGAAAUCACUUCAGUCACCCCUGUUAAAGUACCUCUUAGGCAAUGCAGGUUAUAUCCCGGGCCAAUUCAACACUUUCCCCACGAAGCCUGGGCCUGCUGGGCCAAUGGGGUGUCAGGGGUCAUUUCUCAUGAAAAAUUACCCACACAUUUAG